AUGUACCCGUCGAUUUCAGCGUCCCAGUGGGGUUCUCCCACUGCUUCCAAGAAAGCUCUGCUUAUUCAUGGGCUGACUUCGUGCUCGAGUGCAUGGGAAAGCGUCGCUCAGCUAUUAGUAGCAGAAGGGUUCUUCGUCGUGGCGCCGAAUCUCCUUGGGCAUGCAUGGAGACGGGGCACCGACUUCCGCAUGUCUGCCCUUGCAGAGGACCUCCGACCAUACUUCAUCAAUGACAUGUCCUACGACGUGGUUAUAGGUCGUUCUCUUGGAGGCACGGUUGCCCUUUCGCUCUUGCAAUUCUUGCCCAAAACGAAAGAAGUCACUGUCAUACUCCUCGAUCCCCCCCUUGAAAUGGAGGGGACAAUCGAAAUGGAUAAAAUUUGGUUUCUAAAUGCAGUUACGAAUGUCAAAACCACCGAGGAGCUGGUUAAUGAUCUUGGUUGGUCACGACGUGACUGCGUGUUACACGCACUAGGAGUUUCAAUGUGCGACCGCACCACCAUCGAGGGAGUCUUCUCGCAUAACAGGCCGUGGUCUUUCAGCGGCCUGUUCAAAAACAUCCCCCCUCACGUGAAGAUCACCGUGCUGGUGUCAGAUCCGAAGGCCGGCGCUGUUUGUCACCUGGAGCACAUCCCUUGUGACGUCGAGAGACUGAAUGUCAGAUAUCUUCCGGGCAUCGGUCACUGCAUUUCCUACGAGUGUCCAGAAGCUAUUAUGGACGUAAUCCAACUACAGAGAGCGAAGCUUUGAGCCGUGCGAAGGAGAAGCACUGUUUCGUGGCCUAGUUUGUGUCUACGACUUUCUGUCGGAACUUAGGCUCUAUUCGUGCAUGGGGUGUUGCAAGGCAUACAGUAGUCCAACUAUGCCAAGAUAUCAGUUUCAAGCUUGAAAGAAAAGUAUCAUGGUCCUUUACCACUGCUGCAGCUCAACCUUUUAACCUUAUUGAAUCGACUAAGGCGUUUUGCCUCUCCACCAUUACUUUGAUCUCUGGCUUAAGACUCGCCCAAGGGCUUUUGAUAGUAUGUCC